GGGGACUGCUCCAGCGGGGACAGCGGGAACGUCUCGCAGAGCCACAGCAACGCCUCCGGGCUGGGCGGGCAGGAGGACGAGGACGGGGACGCGCUGGACGCGUCGCUCAGCGCAACCGCCGCCGCCUAUAGCGCGUACCUGCUGGUCGAGCGUAGCGCCUUCAGCGAGCAGGUGGAAAGCUUAGAGAAGAGCCUGGAAGAGCUGCUGACCAGAGUAGACGAGUUUGUGGGGAUGCUGGACAUGAUUCGAAGUGAUUCAUCCCAAGUUGUCAAUGAGAGCAUACCUGAAAUUUACACCAAAGCUACUGAGAUGAGGCAGAUAUACAGGAGGAUCGACAAGCUGGAGGCUUUUGUGAAGAUGAUUGCAAACCAUGUGGCUGGAAUGGAAGAACGGGUUGUAAAGGCAGAAACAGACCUUGGGGCUUUUCCAAGCACAUUCAAGAAAAUCUUGCACACAAUCAGCAUACCAUCCUUCCGUAACAAAUCGUCUUCCUCACGACAGCAGACCGCCUAUGAGCCUCCUGUCCUCUUCAAGACUGAAGACUAUUUUCCGUGUCCUAAUGAAGCACCUCAUUGACGAUUUUGGUUUUGGAGUUGUGGUAUGAAUCAGCCAGAAUAGAACAAGCCAAGUGAACAAAAGAAAUAACAGCCUCAAAAUAGCUGCAUUUCUGAGUAUUAUUAGUGGCUUAUUGCCAUUCUGAUUCUCAUUGUCUUCCUACAGGCAGCAUUUUCAGGUAAUCUUUUUUUGAGUAUAUUAUUUGAAAAGUCUUCCAAAAACACAGUGUAUAUUUUCAGUUUAUAAUGAGGAAGGAACUUAAAAAUACUUCCAUGGUAGGGUUUGGGGCUUUUUUUUUUGUCCUCUUUUUUUUUUAACAGAAAUAAUAGGAAACAUACUUUUAUACGACAUCUCUUUUAACAAAUCAGGGCUGCUGCAAAUGUAAAUAACUACCACAAAGCAGUUGUUUUUGUUUGGUUUUUUUUUAUUUAAACAUACCGGGGUGAAAGAAAAGCUCUAUGCAUAAAAUCAUGGUAAGUUUUGGAACUUGGUCCCUGCAGUCGGUGUGGAGAAUUGCACCACCUCAGGAUGUGCAGGUGGCGAGGAGAGGACUGGGAAGAUUGGUGAGGAGUCAGGGACGUGACUUGGCUUGGGCAGUGAGUCUAAGUUCAUGAUGUGAACAUCCUGCCCCUACUGAUGGUCGUCAGGUCACUGUGACCAUGGUUUCUGACCGUUGCAACGUAUUAUCAUGUGAUGUGUAACCAGGUGGGCAUGAUACAUAUAAUCUACCGUCAGAAAGAAAAGGAAUGUAAGUUGAGGCAGGGCCAUCUUUGGACUGAGCCUCACCUGACCAGAUGCUAUUCCCUUUCGCACCUCUGUGCAGUGACUGGGACUGUGUGUGCUGCCUGGAAUGUGAGUAAAUUGUCAAUAAAUGAGUGGCUUAUGCAACA